CUAAUACACCAGCUAGUUAAUGCUGCUCCCGCUGUACUUACUUCUGAGGGUCGGGAUAGCAGCUCCUGAGAACUUGAGAAGAGAUGGGCGGAACGGGAAGGUAGACAAGCUGGAACUUUGCUGAUUCUUGUGUCGCCCUUUUGUUUGUUAGAGAAGAAUGGGUUUAGGUGGCGUCAAUCUCGUCCAUCUCUCGUACUUCAUGGUUUUUCUGUACACGUUUAUUCAGCCUAGGGCUGGAGCCUCAUGUCCAGCUGGGUGGGAAAAUGGCCCCAGUAAGAGCAAGUGCUUCACAUAUGUUAGAAAUUUUCUUCCUUGGAAUAGAUCUGAGGCAGUUUGCCAAGGUUAUGGUGGUCAUCUAGCGGCCCUAGCAUCAGUGGAAGAAUUGGAUUUUGUGCAGAAUCUAUGUGCUAGUAGUUCCAGUGGUUGUUGGAUUGGUGGAUAUGGUUACAAUUCAAGUCUUGGUUAUGUUUGGCAGUGGUCCGACAACAGGUCAAAUUGGAACAAGAAUGUCUUCCCAGGCGAACCAUUUCACAUUAUUUGUAACAAUGCAUCAUGUAACACCAACCCAAGCAAUUCAUGUACUUUGGUGACAAAUAGUCACGUUGCUCUUGUUGGUGAAAGAUGUGACAAGUCACAUGGAUUUAUGUGCAUGCUCUAUCAGGAUACAGUUUUAGCUGAGAGCAGAUGCCCCCAUAGGCAGUGUCAUCAAGAGUAUUUCAUCAUCCUUGUGGUUGUGAGUGUAUUGAUACUCUCUACUACUAUGGCUGUUGUGAUCUGGCUUCUCAUCUAUAAGAGGAGCAAGAAACGGAGGCGGUCGCACAAAUCAUCAGGCCCUGCAGCUGCUGCAUUAGUUCCUCCAUCAUGGAAAGUUUUUACCAUGGAAGAAUUGAUUUCCUUCACAAAGAAUUUCAGUGAGGGAAGUCGUCUUCCUGGGAAGACCAAAAAAGGUGGAACAUUUAGUGGAACAUUGCUAGAUGGAUCAAGGGUGGCAGUAAAAAGGCUAAAGAGAUCCAGUCUCCAAAGGAAAAAGGAGUUCUAUUCAGAGGUUCGAAGGGUUGCGCAUCUUCAUCAUCCUAAUCUAGUUGCUGUGAAGGGUUGUUGCUAUAACCACGGAGAUCGCUACAUUGUUUAUGAAUUUGUUGCGAAUGGACCUCUGGACAGAUGGCUUCACAAUGUUCCAAGGGGAGGCAGAUGCCUUGACUGGGCAAUGAGAAUGAAAAUUGCAACAACUCUUGCUCAAGGAAUCGCAUUUCUACAUGACAAAGUCAAACCACAUGUAGUUCACCGCAAUAUCUGCGCUAGCAAUGUUCUUCUUGAUGAAGAAUUUGGAGCGCAUCUCUUAGGUGUUGGCCUAUCCAGAUCCAUACCAUGGGAAGCCAUGAAUGGAAGGACAGUAAUGGCAGGAACUCACGGAUAUCUCGCUCCAGAAUUCGUCUACAGAAACGAACUGACCACCAAAAGCGAUGUGUACAGCUUCGGAGUAUUGCUUUUAGAAAUCAUAAGCGGUCAUCGUCCCGCUCAGGCCGUUGAGUCUUCGGGAUGGCAGACCAUUUUCGAGUGGGCGACCCCGUUAGUCCAGUCUCAUAGAUAUCAAGAACUAUUAGAUCCUGCCAUUUUAGACAUUCCGGAAGCUGGUGUGAUUCAGAAGGUUGUUGAUCUGGUCUAUUCUUGCACUCAGCACGUCCCUUCAGUUCGGCCGAGGAUGUCGCAUGUCGUCCAUCAGUUGCAGCAGUUGGGAUUGAGAGCUGCUGCGACGGAACAGUCCCUCGGCGGAACUGGGAUGAGCUCGAGAGGGACAUCGCCACUGUCGACAUUUGAAAUUGGAACUUCACUGGUUUGAGUUGCAGAAUAGUUAGCCUUGAUGAUUUGAAAAUUUAAGAUGGGGGUUGUUUUGUUAAGUUUACAAGUGGAAUAGAAUGCUAUUUGAGCUACCUGAAGCAACUGUGAACUUUGUUGUUAUUUGCGAGCUCUAUAGUUUCAUUGCCAGUUAUUAUGGUGUCUGCUUA